UAAGCUCCAGUCCGUAUUUCCCCUCAAGCCCAUCUGGCUCACUGGCAGGGUUUGUUUACUGGCGGAGGGGCUGGGAAGAAGGGGAUCCUACAGGACCAGGGAGACUCUACAACCUACCUCUGUGUGUGGAAGAAGAAGAAAAGGAAAAAAACAACUAUAAACUCCGAUAAACCUACUUUCCUCUCGUUUAGAUACACACUUUUGACCGUAGCGGGCCGCCGUGCAGUGCACGGAGCACAAGUUGGAGCGUGUAUGUGAAUUUCUUUUCUUUUUUUAAAUUCCCAAACAAAAACAAAAAAGGAGAGUGGUGCUUCUGCUUCUGAGCUGCGACGAAGUCUGCGCUGUCAGCCUUUCGGAGAGCGGAGUGUUGCUGAAAUAUCUGCACGGACUGUGGAGGAAGUUUUCCAGCCUAGCCGACAAAAUUCACAACACAAACAUGAAAACUGGGCUGUUUUUUGCUCGCUGUGGGACUUGAUGGGAUUUUUCUUCUUUUUUUUCUGUCUCUCUAUCUCGCUCCCUCUUUUUUCACGCUAACGUUACGCCACGCAUGCCACAACCAUCGAGUCAGCAGCAAACGACUCCCCCUUUUUUAAAAAAAAAAAAAAAAAAUCCCUCUUAAUCACACUAAAGCUCGCUUUUAUUAAGAUUUUCGUGCAUGCAUCAUUUCUAUUUUUUGAGGAUGAAAUGCAUUGCAGCCGAGUGGCCACGCGUCGCAUUUGGUGAAGUUAAAAUUAACUGAGUGGGCUGCUGAAAAGCGGCGCAAACUUCGCUUGUGGCCUGAGCUGGAGUGGAGCAGGAGCCAGGCUAGCUAGCUCAACUGUAGCACCAGCGCUAACCAGCUUCUUCUCGGCUAGCGAGUCCGUUUUUGCACUUUUUUUUCACCGACACUGACACACAGCUGGGCCAGAAUAACAACCAAAAAGCACUUAAAGCCAUAAAAGAGCACCCACGCCCUGUGUUGGCGUUUGUUGAUGGUGGCGCCCCCCACCCCACAGUGAGGUGGCUAACUUUAGCAGCAGCAGUACUGCUAGCUUGUGUUUGACUGAACACGUUGGAGUCGUUCCUCCGCCCAUCUUCCGGGAUGUCUUUUAUUUAUUUUUGUUUACCUGUUGGCCCACGCCGCAAAACAAAACCAGUUUUCUGAAGGUACUUCUCUCUCUCUCAAGUCCGAGCUGUCCUGCUCGUCGGGAGGUUUUUCUUUUUAUAUUUUUCUGAUUUUCGACCGGGAGUAAGCGCUGCAUGGUGUCAGAUAUGUGGCUCCGGACUUUGCGUUUGGGGUUUGUUUUGACCGCAGUCUGCUUUAUGAUGAGCUGUCACCAAGCGAGUGCAGAGAUUUGUCCCAGCAAGGACAUCCGCAACAAUGUGACCAACCUGCGGACGCUUGAGAAUUGUACUGUGAUUGAAGGCCACCUGAAGAUCCUACUCAUGUUCAGGACCAGGCCUGAGGAUUUCAGAGGCAUAAGUUUCCCCAAGCUGACAGUCAUCACCGACUAUCUGUUGCUCUUCAGAGUUUACGGGCUAGAGAGCCUUAGCGAACUCUUCCCCAACCUGACGGUCAUCAGAGGCAACAACCUCUUCUUCAACUAUGCCCUGGUUGUGUUUGAGAUGCUCCAGUUGCGCGAGAUCGGCCUUCAUAGUUUGAUGAACAUCACCAGAGGAGCUGUGAGAAUUGAGAAGAACCCUGAUCUCUGCUAUCUCUCCACCCUGGACUGGUCCAAGAUCCUGGACUCGGUGGAGGACAACUACAUCGUGGCCAACAAGAAUGACAGAGAGUGUGGCGAUGUGUGUCCAGGGGCGGCAGUCGGAAAGACCACCUGUCAGACGACCACCCUCAAUGGGCACUUCAGUGAACGCUGCUGGACCCACAACCACUGUCAGAGAAUGUGUCCUGUUCAGUGCAAACAUCGGGCCUGCACUAAAGAUGACCAGUGCUGCCACAGCCAGUGCCUGGGCGGCUGCCUGGAGCCCAACUCAGCCAGUCACUGCGUGGCCUGCCGCGGCCUCCAGCACGAAGGUACCUGCGUGCAGCGCUGCCCAGAAAACCACUUCACCUACAAGGGCUGGCGCUGUGUCUCAUUCGAAUUCUGUCAGAAUCUGCACAACACAUGCAAGCGGGAGAAGGAGCACAGCAAGAGCACGGACUGCCGCGAAUACGUCAUCCACAACGGCGCCUGCAUCCCCGAGUGUCCCUCUGGUUACACGACCGUCAACUCCUCCUCGCUCAACUGCACUCCCUGCGCAGGGCUGUGCCCCAAGGUGUGUCUGGGUCUGAAAGUCGUGGACUCGGUCACUGCUGCCCAGGAGUUAAGAGGCUGCACCAUCCUCAACGGGAGCCUGGUCAUCAACCUGCGUGGAGGAAACAACAUAGCUGCUGAACUGGAGGCCAGUCUGGGCCAGCUGGAGGAGAUCACUGGCUACCUGACAGUGCGACGUUCCUACGCCCUCGUGUCCCUUUCGUUUUUCCGUAAACUCCGUGUUAUUCGUGGAGAGGAGCAGGAAAUCGGGAAUUAUUCCUUCUAUGCACUGGACAACCAGAACCUGCGGCAGCUCUGGGACUGGUCCAAACACAAGCUGACCAUCCAGCAGGGGCGCAUGUUUUUCCACUACAACUCCAAACUCUGCAUGUCUGAGAUCCGCAAGAUGGAGGAGGUGACGGGAACCAAAGAUCGGCAGGUCAAGAACGACAUCGCCUCCAAGACCAACGGAGACCAGGCUUCAUGUGAGAACCACGUGCUCAAUUUUACCCAGAUUCGAACCAUGAGCGAUAAGAUAAUGAUCAAGUGGCAACCUUUCUGGCCGAAAGACUUCAGAGACCUGCUGGGCUUCAUGGUGCUGUACAAAGAAGCACCGUUUCAGAACGUAACAGAGUUUGAUGGGCAGGACGCUUGCGGCUCCAACAGCUGGGUGAUCGCCGACGUGGACCCUCCACGCCGAGCCACAGACGGAGAAAAAGAACAGAUCGAACCGGGUCAUCUAAUCUUCCCCCUAAAGCCGUGGACGCAAUACGCCAUUAUGGUGAAAACCCAGCUCUCGGCCUCUGACGAGAACCAGGUCCACGGAGCCAAGAGCGAGAUCAUCUACGUCCGCACCAAUGCCACAAAACCGUCGGUACCGCUGGACCCCAUUUCUUCCUCCAACUCCUCCUCCCAGAUCAUCCUCAAGUGGAAACCUCCCAAUGACCCCAACGGCAACAUCACUCACUACCUGGUCUUUUGCCAGCGUCAGCCCGAGGCCAGCGAGCUUUACAAGUUUGACUACUGCCAGAAGGGGAUGAAGGUGCCAUCACGACUGCCCACUCAGGUGGACAGUGACGAGGAGCAGAAGUGGAACCAGACAGAGGAGCAGGGCCAGGGGACACGAUGUUGCGCCUGCCCUAAAACCGAAAAGGAGCUCAAGAAGGAAAAAGAGGACUCAGAGUACCGCAAAACCUUUGAGAAUUACCUACACAAUGAAGUCUUUGAGAUCAAACGCUCGAGAGACCGGCGUGAUCUGAAUGGCAUCGCCAACCGAACAUUUUCCUUCCUAACCACCGCACCAAGCCCUCGCGCGGGUACGAGCAUCCCCGAGGAUGAGGAAGCCUUUGAAAGCACCAAGACCGUGGUCACCGUCCAUGCCAAGGAGUCCACCAUUAUCUCCGGCCUGCGCCACUUCACCAGCUACCAGAUCGAGGUCCAUGCCUGUAACCACCCAACCGACCCGGCGCGCUGCAGCAUGGCAGCGUAUGUCAGCGCCCGCACAAUGCCUGAAGACAAAGCCGAUGACAUCUUGGGUCUCAUCAAAUGCGAGGUGACAGAGAAAACAGUACACAUCACCUGGAUGGAACCGCAAGCCCCGAAUGGGAUGAUCAUCCUGUAUGAGAUCAACUACAAGAAGCUGGGUGACUCUGAGGAGCUGCACUACUGCGUGUCGAGGAACAUGUACAAAGCGAGCCGCGGCUGCAGACUGAAAGUGAUGCAUCCUGGGAAUUACACGGUGAGAAUCCGGGCCACCUCACUGGCUGGGAACGGAUCAUGGACCGAGCCCACGUACUUCUACGUCGAGGAUCCAAGCGAUCCUCUGCAUGUCGUCAAGAUCGUCAUCGGGCCCGUCAUCUGCUUUGUCCUGGUGCUGUGUGUGGCUUUGGCAGGCUUCGUCAUGUUCAAGAAAAGUCAAACCCAAGGACCCAGCGGGCCCAUCUAUGCCUCUUCAAACCCCGAGUAUCUCAGCACUGAUGUGUAUGAGGAAGAUGAGUGGGAGGUGCCCAGGGAGAAGAUCGCCAUUUUGCGGGAACUGGGUCAAGGCUCCUUUGGCAUGGUCUAUGAGGGCAUUGCCAAGGACAUUGUCAAAGGCGAGGGUGAAACACGAGUAGCGGUGAAGACGGUGAACGAGUCGGCCAGCCUGCGGGAGAGAAUCGAGUUCCUGAACGAGGCCUCCGUCAUGAAAGCCUUCAGCUGCCACCACGUGGUGCGUCUGCUGGGUGUGGUGUCUAAGGGGCAGCCCACCCUGGUGGUGAUGGAGCUGAUGACCCACGGAGACCUGAAGAGCUUCCUGCGCUCUCUGCGACCUGACGCUGAGAAUAACCCUGGCCGUCCACCACCCACUCUGAAGGAGAUGAUCCAGAUGGCUGCUGAGAUUGCGGAUGGCAUGGCUUACCUCAACGCCAAGAAGUUUGUCCACAGAGACUUGGCAGCCAGAAACUGCAUGGUAGCUCACGAUCUUACAGUCAAAAUAGGAGACUUUGGUAUGACCAGAGACAUCUAUGAGACCGACUACUACAGGAAAGGAGGGAAGGGUCUGCUGCCCGUCAGGUGGAUGGCACCUGAGUCUUUGAAGGACGGCGUCUUCACUGCACAUUCAGACUGCUGGUCAUUUGGGGUGGUGCUGUGGGAGGUAAGCACGCUGGCUGAGCAGCCGUACCAGGGCAUGUCCAACGAACAGGUCCUCAAGUUUGUCAUGGAAGGAGGCUUCCUGGACCGGCCGGACAACUGCGCUGACAGACUACACAACCUGAUGCAGAUGUGCUGGCAGUACAACCCCAAGAUGCGUCCCACCUUCCAGGAGAUCAUCGAGAUGCUGCGGGAGGACCUGCAUCCAACCUUCCAGGAGGUCUCCUUCUUCUACAGCGAGGAGAACAAGCCGCCAGAGAGCGAGGAUUUCGACCUAGACAUGGAAAACAUGGAGAGCAUACCACUGGACCCCUCGUCGUACUCGCAGAGGGAGCAGUGUUUGGACAGGGACGAGGCCUCCUCCAUGGGCCUGAGGGGCAGUUACGAGGAGCAUCACAUCCCGUUCACACACAUGAAUGGGGGAAAGACCAACGGACGAAUACUGGCCCUACCACGGUCCAGCCCCUCCUAACAUACUGUACACAUCCCACACAAACUCAUUGAUGCUAUAGAUUUAAAUAUAUUUUUGUUGUUUUUGUUGUUUUAUAUAGCUCACACUCAAACACUCUCCUCAGCAGCCCCUCAGUGCAUAUCUCAGGACCUUAUUUUUCUCUUCAGAUGCCACAAACACACACUACAGCAAGUCCAAGCUCGGACGCCAGAAGACACUUUUUGUAUUUAAGGAUGAAUCUCCUGUGUCUCUCUUGUUCAUGAUUGUAGGUUAUAUACUGUAUAUAAAUAUAUAUAUAUUGCCAAGUUUGUGCUAGUCUGGGUGGAUAUUCGAUUCAACUGUGAAACAAACUCUUGACAAACAAGAAGGCUGCUAACCCCACUGACCCCCCACCCCUAAUUCUAGACUCCGUCUCCUCUCCCUUAUUUCAUCACAAGAGUUCAUCCCGAGUUUUUGGGGAAAAGAGAAAAAAAAAGUGCCCUUCUAUUUUGUCUGUGGCCUACAUCACACAUCAUGGAGCUGCGUCUGAAUCUUUGCACGCACACGAAGACGAACUGAAAAGGAAAGCUUCGGGAGCUCCCUGCUGGAUGGUCAGAAGCGGCCCAUCCUCGAACAAACUCUUAUUCACUGGAGAAGCUGGCUGAAGCAGCCUACCUCCUCACACUCUGCAGUAUUCCAAAAAAAGGCACACGGGAUACACACAGGACGUUUGUCGGGUUCUGUUUUUUAAUUUAUAUAAUGGUCUUUCUUUUUUGUUUUCUCCUUUUUCCCUACUUAUUUUUGUUUUGGAGUUUUCACACUUAUAGCUGAAGGAUAUUUAAACUGUUUUCAAAAAACACGUUGCCGAACGAGUUCCUCAGAUUGACCAAUAGCUGCUUCGUUGGUAUAUUUUAGUGGGUAUAGAAGAUAAAAAAAUAUAUAUAUAUAUAUAAAUGUUAUAUUGAUGUUUUUGUACAUAGUUGAUGUCAAUUUUGAGGUAUUUCCGGUCAUAGAAAAUGUUUUUACAUGUUAGUCUAUUACGUUUAUUUUUUCUAAUCCAGAAAAUCAUACUAAUUAGCUUUUUUGGACUCAUGAUCAACCAACAGCACUUGGUCUUUUUACUAUGUGAUCUAUGUGAUGCCCGGGGGAAGGAGUGUGUGGCGUCUUCAGCUUAAGAUGUUUGCCCGUCAUAUCAAGAUCAAAUAAAAUAGUGCUGUAAAUAAUGCAGCGAGAUGCAUUUGUGA